GAACUCCAGCAGCUUAGCAAGCAAUACAGCAACAUCAAGCUCCUCCAACUGGAUGUGGUCUGUGAAAACAGCAUCAAGAAAGUAAUCAAGGAAGUGGAAGAAAUUGUGGGAGACAAAGGCCUAAACUGCCUCAUUAACAAUGCUGGCAUCAAUGUGCUUGCCUCCUUGGAAGAAGUCACAGCAGAGACAAUGCUCACCAUUUAUGAAACCAAUACAGUUGCCCAGCUGAUGGUCACCAAGGCGUUUCUACCGCUUCUGAGGAAAGCAGCCCAGCUGGGCACAGGAAUGGGCUGCCACAGAGCUGCUAUUAUCAAUAUGUCCUCUCUUGCUGCCUCCAUGCAACUUGUCCAGGCAAAUGAGAUGUUCCUCAAGGUCUACCCCUACAGGAUAGCAAAGACUGCACUGAACAUGAUCACCAGGUGUCUUGCUGCAGACUUGAAAUCGGAUGGAAUUCUCUGUAUUUCUUUGCAUCCAGGCUGGCUUCAGACAGACAUGGGCGGAAACAUGGCUCCCAUGCAGGUGCAAGAGGCUAUCCCAGGUAUUCUCUCCGUUCUGGACCGUCUUGGUGAAAAAGAAAAUGGUUCCUUCCUGGACUGGCAAGGAGAAACUCUACCGUGGUAGAAAUGCACAGUAUGCUACAGGAACAGCAUGUCAGCCACUGUUUAACUUGCGCCACUAAUGUCUGUGUCUCUAGGGUUUUCUGACCUGCUAGCCGAAAUAGCCACUCUGAUAUCCAGCCUCUCUCUAGGUGUAUUUGGAAAGUGAGGUGGCUGACUCUUUUAUUUGCUAUUGCUACUGCUCUGUUCCAAUGCUUCCUGCAAAUACUACUGUGCUUGUAGUGAUGGGUAUCUCCUGGAACUGUCUGAAGUAGAUCAAACAUUCCAAGUUAAAUCCAGGGGCUGGUUCCUCUUCGCUUCCAAAACCAAAGUGGGUCUCUUGCUCUC